AUGCUUUGUCUUCUUCUUUAACGGACUGCGUGGUUUUACUCAGUUUCAUUACAUUAGCUAUAGGCUACCACAUGAAUGCAUAAUAUAUAAACAAUUUGCACAUCACAUUCCAAAACAAGUACUUGCAUGGUGGCUUCAAUGACAGGUUUAGAUACUCUGCGGUGCCUUGUUAGGUCGAGAGCUCAACUACGAUAUCCACAAUCCCUUUCGCAUCAUACGCGGCAGGUUUUUAUCGGAUCAGAGUACGCUACAAUUCAAAACGAGACGUCUCUGUUUAUGUUCAACAUUACUCCAACACAUUACUCUGCCGUCGGCACGGAGAGCGAAGCAUUUAAAAAAAAAACAUGUAUUUUGGGGAAUGUAACUUUGUACAGGAAGAAAGCCAACACGAAAACGUCGUAUGAUUGGCCAUUCUGACUCUUUUUUGUAUGAAACGUUGAGAGAUUUGUUGACAAAUUGCCUUUGUUAGCUAGUAAACAAGCUAGCGCAGGGAAGUUGGGCUGAAGCGGCUGGUGGUGGAUUGUUGUCAGCCGCUCACUGAGCGGUGUGUCUCGGAGGAGGACAGACUCGACGGGAACCACCUCAUCGACUCCGCUGGUUGCGGCGGCGACAACCAACAGGCACAUGCAGGAUGAGGAGGCGGAGCUGAGGCUCAGCUGACCCCACCCCUUUAGUGUGACCUCCCUCCUACCCUCACCCAUCCAUCCAGCCAGCCGGGCCCAUGUUCUCUCCAGAGCAGGAAAAUAUCUCCCCCUCCUCCACCUCUUCCUCCAAAGUGCCAGUGAAAUAUGGAGAGCUCAUGGUGCUGGGGUACAAUGGCUCUCUACCCAACGGUGAUCGAGGCAGGAGGAAAAGCCGUUUCAGUCUGUCUAGGAGGCCCAAGGCUAAUGGUGUCAGACCCAGCACAGUGCACGCUGCCUGCACCGCACAGGCAGCUAAGGCUAUCAGCAACAAGGACCAACACAGCAUCUCCUACACGUUAUCCAGAGGUCAGACGGUGGUGGUGGAGUAUACUCAUGAUAACAACACAGACAUGUUCCAGAUUGGUCGCUCCACAGAGAGCCCUAUAGACUUUGUGGUAACCGACACGGUGGCAGGGAGCCAGAGUAACUCAGACACCCAGUCAGUCCAGAGCACCAUCUCUCGCUUCGCCUGCCGUGUCAUGUGUCAGAGGACGCCCCCCUACACCGCACGCAUCUACGCUGCCGGCUUCGACAGCUCCAAGAACAUCUUCCUAGGGGAGAAGGCAGCUAAAUGGAAGACGUGUGACAGUCAGAUGGACGGACUGACCACCAACGGCGUGCUGGUGAUGCACCCUCGCCACGGCUUCACAGAGGACUCCAAACCGGGCGUCUGGAGAGAGAUCUCCGUCUGCGGAAACGUCUUCACCCUCCGAGAGACCCGCUCCGCUCAGCAGCGGGGCAAGAUGGUGGAGGCAGAGAGCCAGGAGCUGGUGGAUGGCUCUCUGAUAGACCUGUGUGGUGCCACGCUCCUGUGGCGCACGGCCGAGGGCCUGAGCCGCACCCCCACCGUCAAACACCUGGAGGCGCUACGUCAGGAAAUCAACGCAGCCAGGCCCCAGUGUCCCGUCGGCUUCAACACCCUGGCCUUCCCCUCCAUGAGACGCAAGGACACCCCAGAUGAGAAGCAGCCGUGGGUCUAUCUCCAGUGUGGCCACGUCCAUGGUUACCACAACUGGGGGAGCCACCGGGACAGAGACAGGCUGGACCGGGACCAGGAGGAGAGGGAGCAGGGCCGGAGCAGGGAGUGUCCUAUGUGUCGAGCCAGUGGGCCGUACGUUCCCCUCUGGUUGGGCUGCGAGGCAAGCUUCUAUCUGGACACGGCUCCGCCCACCCAUGCCUUCUCACCGUGUGGUCACGUGUGUUCUGAGAAGACGGCUGUGUUCUGGAGUCAGAUCCCGCUGCCGCACGGAACACACACCUUCCACGCCGCCUGUCCCUUCUGCGCCCAGCAACUGAGCGGCGAGCAGGGAUACGUUAGACUCAUCUUCCAGGGCCCACUCGACUAGGGGGACUAUUUGUCCUUGGUCGGAACUACUUUCUUUUUGGUCGCAAAGGAACGACGCUUCUAACAAAAAGCAUAUAACUUCCAACUCCCUGGGAUUUUGGGGCGGGGGGAUUUUCUGGACUAUUCUCUCUGUUUCUGUUUGUCUCUCUGUUUUUAAGUGACCUUUUCUAUUUUUGAUUUUUAUUGGGAAUGAAAACAAAGAUUUCUAUAUUUUCAUGUGAAACAGAAAAAGAAACCAAAACACUACUGGGGGAUAUAAUUGAGUUUCUGAAAGAACUGUAAACUGUAUUUAUCUAUUGUACUAACAUAUGACCACAUAUGGGUUUAUUCUCCUUUAUUGUUGCAAUAUCCAUCCGUAUCCAUGUUUAAGACUUAAAGUCCUUUAUUUCUGCCCAGACUUCAUAAUAACUCAACUCCAAAAUGAAGACAAGCUACAUUAGUUAUUCUCCUUUACUCUUCUUGGUCAAUAUGCUUCACUUCAAUACUCUUUUAACAUUUUUAUUGUGCUAUUAGACUAUAAUAAUAGCAGAUUUCAAGGUCAAGGGUCGUAUUCACUAGAAGCAAACAGGAAGGAACCUACCUCAAUUGGUCUAAUGAGAAACGUUUGUUUUCCGUUGCGAAACGUUUUGCUACGGUAUCCAGUAAUGAGUACGACCAAGGUGUGUUUUGGGGGUUCAGUUUUGUGUAUAGCGGUGUGUGUGUGUGUCCCUCCCCCCACAUCAUGUAUCUAUUGAGUAUCCAUGACAACGUCCUGUCAUAUUGAAACCUCUGUGUUGUCUGUCUGAUGGGGAGUUCUGGCUGUGUGUAAGGGGUGAAGUUUCCCCGAAGUACAGAUCUAGGAUCCGCUUCCCCUCCCCCAAUUCUAACCUGAACCAUUAGUGGGGAAAAUGUGAAACUGACUCAAGAUCAGCAUCUAGGGGCAACUCCACCCUACACCGUGUUAUAACUGUUAAUUUUUUCCCACAAGGCAUUGCCAUGACCUUUCACAUUUGAAGCAAUAGAUUUGGACGCAGACUUCCUACUUUUCGAGCAACUUGGGAUUUGUAGUCCCUUGAUUGGUUAGAUAGAUUGACAGCUAUGUGAUUGCUGUCUGUAGUUAUGAAUGAGUGUUGAACACACACACACACACUGUUGCCUGUGUAAAGACAGACCGGUCAUGUUGAAUGUCAUUCUCUUCUUAAGUAUCUAGUCGUCACGAUAAUUCUGAAUGGAACAGUAUUUAUAGGGACAAAAUACCUCAGUGUAAAAAGUAGUCCUGAACUUCAACCUUCAGAAUUCAGUGGGGGAGGGGCAUUACUUAGUAUAAAUUGUCUAUGGAUGGUAUUUGAUCAUGUUUUUACUCUGAGUGUGUAUUUUGUGUACAGUAUUUUGUGGGUUGGUUCUUAUAUCCUUUUUGGGACCUAAAAUCCCGACAGUCCCCACAAGGCUAGUAAAACAAGGGAAAUUCUCCCUCAUGGGGACAUUUACCACAUCCUCAUGAAUACAAAGGCAAUUUUAAGCUCAGCUGUUAAGUUUAGGGAAAAUAGGAUUUUGAAUGGAAAUGAAUUUUAGGUCCCCACGUGGGUAGAAGAACAUAGUGUGUGUCAGUAUGUGUUGUAUUGUGUACAGAUGGUAUCUCCACUCUCUCUGAAUCUGACUGAUACUCACCUCAGGGAGAACACACACACACCUGUCUGGUCCAUAGAUACACACACACACACACACACACACACACACCUGUCUGGCCCAUAGAUAUACACACACACACCUGUCUGGCCCAUAGA